CUUUUCACACACAGCCAAAAAACGAUGCGGAAAAAGAGGAUAUCGAUUAUGCCACAAUAGGUCGGUAUGCUGUAAUGGGCACAACCGUUUACGCGCCAACACUCUACACAUGGUACAAAUGGUUGGAUAGAACGUUUCCAGGAACUGCUAAGCCUAUAAUCGUGAAGAAGCUGGUCUUGGAUCAAUUUGUGUUGACACCAUACUUGUUAACUGUCUUCUACACAGGCAUGUCGCUUAUGGAACGCGCACAGGAUCCCUUCAAGGAGUUGCGCGAGAAGUUCGUUCCCACAUUUUUACGUUCCUGUAUCUUCUGGCUGCCGGUACAAACAUUAAAUUUUAUUUUAAUUGCGCCGAGAUUUCGCGUGAUUUACAUGGGCGUUUGCGGUUUCAUUUGGGUGAAUAUACUGUGCUGGAUUAAGAGGCAGCGAAAUGAGUUGCAGUCGGAGAGUGAGGUGAAAGUGGCGGCUCAGUAAAUGCACGAAAUAAGAACUUAGCCGAAUUUAAAAAUAACCUUUUUGUUUUUUUAAGCGCGUAGUUAGUUAGAAAACGCAUUGCACGGCGAUUUGAGUUUAUAUACAUAUAUACUAGAAAGCCAAAAGAAGGCUUUGUAUGCUUACAUUUCCGAAAGUGAAAAUAAGUAUCGAAGUAGAGCUUUAAUUUUUAAGUUAAUACACAUCGGAAGAGGGUAAAACACAAUGAGCAGCUGAAAUAAAAAUUUUCUAAAAUCUAAAGUUUCCCAAAUUUUCUAAAAAGUCGUUCUAGUUCUGAACUUUUUCUUCCAUGUGAUUGUGUUUUUGCGUUUCGCUCCCGGAGAAAAGAAGUGGUCUCAGAGAAAAAAAAGUUCUGAACUAUAACGAUGAAUCCUCCUUAAUGGGUCUGAAAGGGAAAUCUGAUUAAGACUUGCAACUGAGCAACGAUUUUGAACUGUUCCUUUCCAGCAUAUCGUAAAGCCGCUGAAAUGGGCUGCUUUCUGUUAUUUUGAUGGACUCAAGCAGACUCGUCAAAUUAUUGUUGAAAAGAUAUUUAUGCUUUUUUAUGAUUUAUCAAUCAAUAUACAUUUUUAUUCCAUAUUAGAAUGUGCAUUCAA